GGGAGGUGGCAAGCCUUCACUAUGGAGCAUCGCGUUUGCAGCGCUUUCUGACUGAGCGGUGUUCAGACACAUUCCAUAGGGACAACUCUCCAAACGCACAGGUUAUGCCACCGCACAGCUUUACUGGAAUUCCAACAGUGAAAGAAAAGGGCUGAUCCCCCAACCCCGUGCUUCCUGUGGUGUUCUGUGUGAGCAUGGCGGCUGGAGGUGCUGCUCCUGGGACUGACGUGUUUAUCAACCUGCAUCAGGUUCUGGCUGAUGUUGAGAAAAGCUCUUCAAAUGGACAGGAGGAAGAGAACUGGGAGAAGGCCCUGUCAGUGGAGAGAUUUGGAGAUAUAAUUUCCGAAUCCUCCUCCCGAAAUGCCGAGAAAAUGGGCCGCAGCUACAAUGAGAGGGACUUUGAGUAUCACCGUCAUACCUUUCAUCAUACUCACCACCCCCUCUCCACCCACCUCCCCCCACCACUGCGGUUCCGCAAGAGAGUGUUUUGCAUUGACCGACGCAAGAAAAAGAAACGCAAGAAAAAGAAAACCUCCAUCCCACCCUCAGAUGUCACGCCAACCAUCCAGGAAGUAGACGAAGAGGAAGUGGAGUCUGAGACAGAAGGCCAUGGCCAGGUAGUCACACCCACUGAACAGACGGAAGGCAAACCAAAGUUCAGUCUUGGAAAUGAAGGAGAUCUUGCACCACCUCUGGCCUUCACAAGUUUUCACAUAGAAAGGGAGUGUCCCCCUACCUAUGUGGAAGAGACCUGUGCCAGUGCAGAGUCUGAGGCCAAAGACACAGGAAGAAGGGAGGAGGUUUUGAACAGGUUCUCAAGACCCCCAGAUACCACUGAAGUGACCACAAGAGGUUGGUUUAGGAGGAAGCCUUUUCACCGACUCACAGGGGGCCAAAGAGCGAACUACGACCUUCGGGAGAGAAUCUGUAUUGGGAGUAUGACAGCAAUGGAGACUGCUGUGUACCAGAAAGUCCCCACAGAUGAGGCUGAGGCCCAGAUGCUUGCUAGUGCUGACCUGGAUGACAUGAAAAGUCACCGGUUUGAAGAUAACCCUGGAGUCAGGCGUCACCUGGUGAAGAAACCAUCUCGCAACCAAUUCACUCGCACCAGCAAAAACUCGCCUCCGACCUCUAGCCUCAAGAAAAAGAAAAAAACAGACCGGAAACCACAUGAGGUGUUUGUUGAACUGAAUGAGCUGAUAGUGGAUAAGAACCAGGACAUGCGCUGGAAGGAGACAGCCCGUUGGAUCAAAUUUGAAGAAGACGUGGAAGAGGAGACGGAACGCUGGGGCAAACCUCAUGUAGCUUCCCUCACUUUCCGAAGCCUUCUGGAGCUCAGGAGAACCAUUGCCCAUGGGGCUGUCCUGCUUGACCUUGAACAGACAACAUUGCCGGGUAUUGCUCAUCUUGUAGUGGAAACAAUGAUCAUCUCCGAUCAGAUCAAAGCAGAGGACAGAGCCAAUGUCCUGAGGGCUCUACUUCUUAAACACAGUCACCCCAAUGAUGAUAAGGAUGGGUUCUUCCCAAGGAAUCACUCAAGCACCAGCAUGACCUCUGCUCAAGCCAGCUUUCAUCACAACCACAACCACACUCCUGAAACCUGUCAGCCCCUGGUGGGGGAGGACAGAAUUGAACUACAUGAUGCCAAAUCUCAAGAAUCUGAAAAAGAGAAAUCACUUCAUCAUCAUGGCUCUGAUUUACAUCGGAACAAAUGCAUAAAGCUUCUGGAAAAGAUACCAGAGGAUGCUGAAGCUACUGUGGUUUUAGUAGGUUGUGUUGAGUUUUUAGAGCAACCAGCUAUGGCAUUUGUGCGGCUGAAUGAGGCAGUUUUUCUUGAGUCUGUCCUGGAGGUACCUGUUCCUGUCCGUUUUAUCUUCGUGCUGCUGGGACCAAGUCAAUCUAACAUAGACUACCAUGAAAUUGGGCGCUCCAUCUCUACUCUUAUGUCAGACAAGCAUUUUCAUGAGGCUGCUUACUGUGCAGAUGACCGCCAGGAUCUUUUAAAUGGCAUCAAUGAAUUCUUGGAUUGUAGCAUAGUGAUUCCUCCAUCUGAGGUGGAGGGGAAAGACCUGCUCAAGUCUGUGGCAUCCUUCCAGAAAGAAAUGCUGAGAAAGAGGAAGGAGAGAGAAAGGAAGAAGUCUAUGAACAUGGGGGCUGGGAUUGUCCCUGAGACGAAAGAGGUGAGUGUGGAAGAGCGACCGGAAGAGAUUGACGAUGACCCUCUGAAGCGCUCUGGCAUCCCAUUUGGGGGGCUGGUCCAUGACAUCCGCAGGCGAUAUCCCCGCUAUCUGAGUGACAUCCGAGAUGCCAUGCACACGCAGUGUUUGGCUGCUAUUGUUUUCAUCUACUUUGCUGCCCUGUCUCCAACCAUAACUUUUGGAGGGCUGCUUGGAGAGAAAACUGAUGGAUUGAUGGGAGUUUCUGAACUGAUUAUCUCCACCUCUGCUCUUGGUGUCGUGUUCUCGCUUUUGGCUGGACAGCCUCUUCUUAUUAUUGGCUUCUCAGGACCACUUUUGGUAUUUGAGGAGGCUUUCUAUAAGUUCUGUCAGGCCCAGAAUUUUGAGUACUUGACGGGCCGGGUGUGGAUCGGCUUCUGGUUGGUCUUCAUUGUGUUUGUCAUUGUGGCAGCAGAGGGCAGUUUCCUGGUGCGGUACAUCUCCCCUUUCACUCAGGAGAUCUUUGCCUUCCUCAUCUCCCUCAUUUUCAUUUAUGAGACUUUCUACAAGCUUUUUAAGGUGUUCAGCGAGCAUCCCUUGUUGAAGACCUACCCUCCAAACUCUCAGCCUGCCCUAGGGUCCAUCGACCUGUCUCAAGUGGCAGGGACCACAGAGUCCCCAGUAGUCAUGCAGCCAAACACAGCCCUGCUGUCCUUGAUACUCAUGCUGGGUACAUUCUUCAUUGCCUUUUUCCUCAGGAAGUUCAGAAACAGCAGGUUCCUGGGAGGAAAGGCUAGAAGAAUAAUUGGAGACUUUGGAAUACCGAUUUCAAUUCUUCUGACGGUGUGUGUGGACUACUCCAUCACAGACACUUACACACAGAAGCUGAAUGUACCCUCUGGUUUCUCAGUUACCUCUCCAGAAAAAAGACAGUGGUUCAUUCAUCCUUUUGGGGACAAACAACCUUUUCCAAUUUGGAUGAUGUUUGCAGCUGCAAUCCCAGCCCUAUUAGUGUUCAUUCUUAUCUUCAUGGAAACACAAAUUACAACGCUGAUCGUGAGUAAGAAGGAGCGCCGUCUGGUAAAGGGAUCUGGAUUCCAUCUGGAUCUUCUGCUGAUUGUGACACUGGGUGCACUCUGCCCCCUCUUCGGGUUGCCCUGGCUGACAGCUGCCACUGUCCGCUCUGUCACUCAUGUCAAUGCACUGACCGUGAUGAGCAAAGCAACUGCUCCUGGGGAGAAGCCCAGAAUUCGGGAGGUCAAAGAGCAGCGAGUGACUGGCAUGGUAGUUUCUGUACUUGUAGGCCUUUCUAUAGUUAUGAGAGAUGUCCUUCGGCUGAUUCCUUUGGCUGUCUUGUUUGGAAUUUUCCUCUACAUGGGAAUCACCUCUCUCACUGGGAUCCAGUUGUAUGAACGCAUAAUGCUCAUGGUCACGCCAUCCAAGCAUCACCCUGACCACAUCUACGUCACCAAGGUGAAGACAUGGCGGAUGAACAUGUUCACCUGCAUCCAGCUGGUGUGCAUCAUUGCACUGUGGGUGGUGAAAUCCACAGUGGCUUCUCUGGCCUUUCCCUUCAUUCUCAUACUGACCGUACCUCUCCGACGCUUUGUCCUCAGCAGAAUCUUUGAAGACAGAGAGCUUAAGGCUCUGGAUUCUGAUGAAGGAUCUCCAAAUUUUGAUGAGGAUGGGCAGGAUGAGUACAAUGAGCUGCACAUGCCUGUAUAGACAGAUGAGGACCAUAGAAGCUUAGUUUGUGUCCUGAACACUGUAAAACCAGGCAAGUUAAGAAGAUACCCGGAGCAAGAGCAGAAAACAAGAUUUGCUGGAAUUUGGGUAGGAAUAUUUGCAUUGUUCUGGUGAGGAUGGGGUAGUUAACCAACAAAGCAGAUCAUGUGCGUGUAAGAAGAUUACAGAGAAAAGAACACUCUCCAAAGGACCCUUCAGUUGUAUGUCUAUAUACUGUAGCUUUUAUGUCUGUGAGAGAGAGCAUGAAAUCCUGUUUGCAUAGGACCUAAACAGGAGAAUGCUUCUAUUCGCUCUAAUUUUUUUUCCAAGGAAGUCACAAUCACUUUAAACUUUGCUGAAACUCUGAUUGACCACGGAACACUCCUUAGCUGCACAACUCAGACUGCUUCUUAUUUUUUUAAGAAGAUAAAAAAAAUUGGUCUGAUCUCCUAUUGUCAGAUACAGGGGAACUCCAUACGUGUAUUGGGAACAUGUGCAAUGAAGAUAAUACAAGCAUGCUGGUAUGUCCUCAGAAAAUGUCUUAGGACUGAUGAGGUAGUGAGGACCCAUUUAAAAAACAAAGCUAUUAUCUGUAUACAGUUCAUUUUGUACUGUAUAUGUUGCCAGCUUAUUAAGAAUGUUCUGGUAAUAUUCCAUUUCAGUGGCCAUAAUAAUGUUGUUACCAAUUAGAAAUGUAAUCACUAAGACACAGCCAGUUCUGUAUUUUUGUACAAUUAUAUUAUAAUAUAUAUUAUAAGGAGAUUGAGUUAGUUGUGCUCUAACUGUAACUCUUAGGAUUUAAUUUAGCACUUUGACUGUGGUUCACUUGCAGUUAUUGGUUAUCAUUCAGCAGAAGGCUUAUUUUUGCAUUCAAAGUCAGUUACAUUUACGUUUUCCAUACAUAAAACAUUCAAAAUCUACAAAACAAGCAGUUUUCUAGUAAAAUCUUUCUGAGUGAUUUUGCUAUCUGCGUUUCUCUUAAACCUGUUUGGUAUCGAUAUAGACAUCAAAGAAUUUGAUAAAAAGGAUUGAUUUGCUAUUAUAAUUUUGAAUUUGUGACCACUUGAAUGAAGUAUUACCACUGUUUUAAUUGUUACAAUUUAAUUAAUCAUUCAAUGUAAUUUAUCAUUAUUCAUUUUUAGUUGUGACAGACAAUGCUAUUGUCUCUGUAAACAGUUCAGUUCUAAAGUCACGCAAUAUCUAAAAGACAACUAGUGGAACAACAGAGAUAAAAUUACAAGCAGCAUUUUAAUUCUUACAAAUAUUUAGAUUAGAUUUAAUUAUCAGCAAUGUUUUACAUUUUGAAACAGUUUAACUGUGAUGCCUGUAGAAUUGGAACCUAUAGGUUUAUAUAUAAAUGAGUUAAGUAAUUUUCAUAAAAGGCAGCAUGAUCUGUAAGUUAUCAAAGUUGAAUCUUGCAGUCUGUUUUUCACUGUUGUAAGGGAAGCCAGCUGUUGAAGGAAAAGCCAUUGUUCAGUGUCAAAGCAUUGCAGGUAACUUUUUAAUUGAGAAACAGAUUCUGAAAUUAGUUUCAGUGCAUUGUGAUGGUGUCAUUAUCUUUCAUAUAUUUUUAACUUGUCUGAAUGUGUGUUCUUAAAAAAUCUUUCAUUGGGAAAUUUAACUGAAAAAAUUAGGUUUUUAAAUUGCUGUAAUCAAACAAACAUUUUUUGAAAAAAGAAUGAACUUUAAGGAAUAAGUCAUUAUGCAACUGUGAUAAAGCGUACAACAACUAAUGUUGUGAACCUCUGAAUUAAAACUUCACUUUAGCUUCAUUAUGUACCUUUAAUGAUUUUGUGGAAAAUAUGGUAAUAUCCAGUAUAAUAGGGUUUCAAGGCUUUUUUUGGUACAAACUAUACUUUAUACAAUCUUCCUCAUGUACAAUGAGUACAUGUACUGAAAUGUAAUUUUAUUAUCAGUUUUUUUUAUCAUCAGCUUACAGGAAAACCACUCUCACCAUUUAAUAAAAUAUUGUAUAAUGAACAUUACAUUUUAUUACAUUGCAUUAACUUUGUGCUGCAAGUGUUUGUAUUGUGGAUUUAUAUACCGUUAAUACAGAUUCAUAUGAAUUCAUGUUGAAUAUAAUUUUUUUGUAAUUCUAAUGUCCUUAAGCAGUGACUUUACAUUUACAGUACCAAUGAAUUUACAUUUCUGGUUUAUUUUAACCAGAGCACUGCUUUGUGAUAAGGGACCAUUAUCUCAUGUGUAAAAUGUGAUUCUCUCUGCUGAUGAUUCACACCAGUAGCAAUUAAAAUAUUUUCAACAGAUUAAUGUAUUUAUAAAUGUUGGAAUGUCCUAAGAGGAUUUACAAUCAUGCCUCAUCGAUAAUUAUUGGAGGCAGGAAAUUCCUAAGUGUUUUAUUUUUGUGUGUGUGUGAAAAAGGUGUACCUUAGUAUUUGAAAGAUUAUGUCACCAAGGCACUAAACUGAAACUGAAUUAAAACAUCUGAAUUCAGAUAAAGAAUUGUUAGUUGAUAAUAAAAAAUACCACAAUACCACAAGUAAUCCAGAUGGGUUAACAUUUGCUAAUGUAAGGAGUGCACCAUGGGUAUUAAAUGUUGGUGUAUUUUUAAUUAUUUUUUUCAGCCAUGGCUGAAGCAAUAUAAACCUGUGUUCAGGAUUACAAUAUGCUACUCCUCAAGAAAUGACUGUAAACUAAAAAAUACUUUGCUCGAUUUCACAUUUUUAUUUACCUCACCUUUUCUGUGCAAAAUAAAGGUGGCAGCCGUUAUACACAAUGAAUAAAUACUUUACUAAAAAAAAUAUUAGUAUGAAAAAUCACAAACUGGGAGAAAAUUGCAAACUGGAAAAAAAUGCUCAUCCACAACCUUUAGUAAAGUUAAAUCAAUAUGACUAAAUAAGGCUGUAAAAAUUAUUGAAUGUUAAAUGUAAAAAUCAAUUCAGCGCCUCUUCACUUACAUUACAUUUUGUGGCAUAUUGGAUGUAUGAUUUCAGUGAAUCGUAUCUUAAAAUGUUACAUUUGUUUUAUGGUUAAUGACAUUUAGAGCUGCUUUCUUUACUUUGCAAAAGUAUUCACCACCCUACAAAGUUUUCUCAUUUGUUGAAUUAUGUGCUUGUAACUAUGAUUAUAGUUUCAAAUAAAAUGUUAUAUUCAGAAUCUACGCAAUUUACUCCAAGUUUUAUUUUGGAAAAAAAAAUAGAAUAUUGUAAUUUGCUAUAGCUAUGACAAAAUUAAAUCAGUUCAGAGAUUAAAGAGCAAAAAACAAUUGAAAGGUGUAAAAAUCAGAGAAAUCAAGGAUUCUGUGUGUACUCAAUGUGGCUUAACAUGAUUAUCAUUAUCUACUGUAUCUUGUUUAUCGUCUAAGUGUCUUGAGCUAGAUCUUGAAUUUCAAGGCACAAUUCACAUAGUGAUGCAACAAAUCAACCAAUGAAAAUCAAGGAGCUUUCAAAACAAGUCAGAGGUAGAAGCUUACAAGAACUUUUAAAGUUGCUAAUCAUCAUUAUGAGUGGAAUGUGAAUCAUAAUACCACAUCAGGCUUCUUUUACAGAGAACAUAAGCAAGCAGAAAACUGGUUAUGUCCAAGAUAAGAGACAGUGUUCAUACAUUGUCGACAUCCCAGUCACUAUGCAAAGCUGGCCUGUAUGGAAGAUUAGCAAGAAAAAGGCCAAUAUUGAAAGAUUGCACCACAAACAUAACAGAUGAAAUGCAGAUUUUUAAAACUUAAUUUUACUUUCUAAAAUGUUACUUCUGGCGCUGUCUUUUACAGCAUACAGUAUAUCACAAAUUAAACGUCAUUUCAACUGUCAAGCAUGGUGCUAGUAGCAUCAUUGUAUAGGAAUGUUUUUCAUUGGCAGAGACUGGGAAGUCUGUCAGGGAAAAUGUAUUGUUUGAAGAACAGAUAAACCUUAUCUGUUCUUCAAACCUUAGAGUGCUGACAAUCUUUAAUCUUUCUAGAAAAGAAAACUUGACUAAGUCACUGAUGAAUCUAAAAGUAGAUCAAAAUGUCACUUUGCAGCAGGGCAAUGGUAUGAAACAGAAGAUGAAAGCCAUUCUAAAAUGGUUCAGCAAGAAGAGUGUAAAUGUCCUGAAGUGUCCUAGUCAAGCCGAGAAAUACCGAUUUGAGUGGCUGAAUACAUGCAAUCAAUAAGUUUUAAUUUGUAUAUUUUCAUUGCAGCUUUUGACAAUCACAUUCCUUCAAAUAUAACAUUCCAUUUUGUAUUUGAAAUUUGUAUUUGAAAAAAUGUUAUAAAAAUACAUUGUUUAUUAUUGAAAAAAAAGUGACAUAAUUGGUAGGGGGUGAAUACUUAUGCAUGGCACCUUAUAUGUUUUACUGAAUGAAUGAAAUAGUACUAAAUUUGACUGUGCACACAUAUAUGUGAUGUUUUGUUUCAUCUUUACAAGGACUCAGGUCAAAAUGAACUUGAGACUUGACAAUGGAAACGUUCAAGUGGGCUUCUCCUGUCUGAACAGCAGCUCCUGGCUAUGGAACCAUCCGGCCCUGUCUAGAACAGUGCUGGUAGUUGCCAUGGCAGCAGACAUGUUGCUACCCCCAAACUGGAAAUUGCAAAGGCAAAGUUCUUGCUUGCUGUGGGAGUCAAAAGAUCUUUCUUUUUAAGAAUAAACUUGUGCUUGUGUAGUGAGCAAGAACAGAUCCAUGUGUGAUGGUCCUGCCAAAUAGCCAAAUACAAAUGAAACUAAUAUACUGCAUAGACAAACAAGUCUAUUUUCUUAAACAGGAAAUCUGAAUUUGCAUCAGCUUAGAGAGUUUUUCUCAAGCUUCUCUUGGCAAUAAUGGUAGAAAACUGAUACCCACUUCUGCUGUUUGGUUUCUCAAACUUUACAUGAAAAAUAACUGUGACAAGAUUGCUGUCAUUUAAAUGUCGGGAUUUUUCUUUGUCUUCAGAUACCCAUUUAUAAAGUCUAUGAAUACUUUCAAAAUAAUUAAAAUUCUUGCAGAUCUAAAGGGACAGCACAAUGCUGUAAUGAUUAGCACUCCUGUCUCAUAGCUCAUGGGUCCUGGUUUCAAUUCCAGCAAUCCUGCUGUAAUGUGGAGUCUCUGUGGAGUCUGCAUGCGCCCCUUGUGUUUGUGUGGGUUUUUUCAGGGUGUUCUAGUUUCUUCCUACCUUACAAAGACAUGCUGGCUGGGUUGGGUUCAAUAUUCUAAAUUGUUUUUUUUUUUCUGUGGAGCACUGUGAUGGACUAGCAACCCAUCUAGGCAGAGAGCAACAGUGUACAUUCAGUACACCCUUGCGCCCUAUGCUUCCAGACUUUGGUAUGCCAUAGCAAAAUAAACAGAAAUGAAUGCUGAUAGUAAAAGUAGAAUUAACAGUCCCAAAACCCUUAUCACAGUCAUUAUAAUGCCUGAUACUUAAAAGAUAACCAUUCAGAAGUAUAUGGUUUAGACUUAAAUAUGAUGUUCAGUUUUUCUUUGUUCUAAUGUGCUGUAUUUUUGUGACAAUACAAUCUAGAAUUUUUGCUGUGGGCUUUUAAUGGCCCAAGUGCUGACAAUCUUUAAUCUUUCUAGAAAAGCAUCAGUUAUUCCAGGGUUGUGUUAAUUCCAGGAGCCAGAGUAUCUACUUAUUUUAGUUUAAGCUGAUGUCACAGUUACUUCAAUUUACUGUUUAUUUCUGAAUUGUUGCAAUUAAAUUCAUUUUAAAGGUUUUAAACAGCUAAUGCAUUGGAUCUGAACAGCCCUGAGAUAGCACAUUAUUUUUUUCUGAUUUUAAAACAAAAUUUAAAUUUAAAUCUUGAUUGUUUUGCAUUUUACAUAUAUUUAAUAGUGUAUAUACAGUAUGUAAUAUGUUAGAUUAAUUUAUGUCAGAUGGGGCAUUUUAAAACCUAAGUGACACAUAUAGAGUUGUUGUUAUUAACUGAAACCUACGCAAGGCUGUAUUAAAUAAAUUGUUUUUGUGCUUUCUUUAUAAGAAAAAAAAUAUAAGCAGUCUUGUAUGGGUCAAAAAUGAUGUAUUAUUUUAGAAUUAGCAAUACAUACAAUAGUAUGAUAUUAUCCAAUGGGUAUUUUUAAUAGCAGUUAUAAUUUGCUGUUACUCUAAAGACUAAAAGUUUACAAGCUAUUGUAAAAAAAA